AUAAUUUUUCAUUGUUUCUGCUAAAGUUGAAUGAUUAGUGCUAAAUUAGCAGGCUAUUGUUUUCUUAUUAUUGGCUUCUUUGUACAUUCUUCUUAUUCUAUAAUGAAACCCCUAGCCUGCAGUAGGAAUAUUUAGGCAAAUGCCAUGCAUUGACUGAAUUGACCGAAAUUUAAUUACAGUUAAGCAGUUGAAUGAAACCCCUAGCCUCCAUUAGGAUUAGUUAGGCAAAAAUAGACAAGCCUGGGAAUAAGCAUCUUGAUUUUUUCAGGUUUCCAUAUACAAUUUUAACAAUCCAUACAAAAUAUACAAUCAUUUUAUUGAGUGAGUUGAGGUAUUUAGGGAAAAGUUGAAAACUGAUGAUAGGACAGACUUUGCUAUUUAUUGAUUCUAAAGAGCAGCUUGAUCUUCUCUGGCUUUAGUUGGUACAAGCACGGGCGUCAAUAUGAUAUUUGCAUUGGUUUUGAAUGAGCCCGCAUUCCAGGUUGAAAUUCCUGACCCAAGCCUUAAAAUUAACUGUUGCACGCUGUGAAACUCUAAAAUUAACUUUUGCUAAUUCCCAUUUAUGUUUUUUUGACUUCUUCCCCUUUCCCUCUUCAAUUAGUUAAAAAAAAAAAAAAAAAAAAAAAAGCAAACCCUAAUCUCAGUUAGACACAAACACGAACACACCUGUAGCUCCACUCCCAUUAUCUAAACCCAAACCCAAAUUGAUGGCUUCAAUUCUCUAAACCCAAAUCAAUCCCAAAUUUGAAUUCUUUGCAACCUUCAUCUCUGUCUACGCCAUCUCCAUCAUCUCGAGCUCUGAUUAGUCGAAAUCUCCAGUUGGAUGAAGAUUUGUUUUGAAGCAACAAUUGGAGUUGUAUGUGGAGAGGGUUCAAGAUCCUAAUUCUGGGUUGCAGAGGGUUGCUCUUGAGUUUAUGAGGUGCAUCUGGAUUGAUUUGGUGUUUCGGACUACCUGGACUAAAAUAAACUUGUCAGCACCAAUCUUUGCUUAUAUGUAUCAGACAACAUCGUGUGGCUUGUCAUGGCAUCAAAUUUCAUCUUUUAGGCAGGAAAUUUGCACCUCUACUAGUUCCAUGUCCUCAGUUCCAAAGCCAUUAAUAACAUCUUCUUUUUUUGGACGAAAAAGAAUUUUAUAUGCAGUUUGGGAAGUUUACAAUUUACAGUGUGGGUGUGCAUGAAUUCUUCUACAAAAAUGAAGAAACAGAUUGCUCUAGGGUUUGAGGGUUCAGCAAACAAGAUCGGUGUCGGCGUUGUGACCUUGGAUGGCACAAUUUUGUCAAACCCACGCCACACAUACAUUACCCCUCCUGGCCAAGGUUUCCUUCCCCGUGAAACUGCACAACACCAUCUCCAAUACAUUCUGCCAUUAAUUAAAUCUGCUUUGGAAACUGCAAAAGUAACCCCUCAAGAGAUCGAUUGCCUUUGUUACACCAAGGGUCCUGGAAUGGGAGCACCACUUCAAGUUGCUGCCAUUGUUGUUAGGGUUCUUUCACAGCUGUGGAAGAAGCCCAUUGUUGCAGUCAAUCAUUGUGUUGCUCAUAUCGAGAUGGGAAGGAUUGUGACUGGUGCGGAUGAUCCUGUUGUGUUGUAUGUAAGUGGUGGGAACACACAGGUAAUUGCAUAUAGUGAAGGAAGGUAUCGAAUCUUUGGAGAGACCAUUGAUAUUGCUGUUGGAAAUUGCUUGGAUCGGUUUGCUAGGGUAUUAGAACUCUCCAAUGAUCCAGCCCCCGGAUAUAACAUUGAGCAGCUUGCAAAGAAAGGAGAACAGUUUAUAGACCUUCCAUAUGCUGUCAAAGGGAUGGAUGUGUCUUUUAGUGGAAUUCUGAGCUACAUUGAAGCCACUGCUGUGGAGAAAUUAAAAAAUGACGAGUGCACCCCUGCAGACCUGUGCUACUCACUUCAGGAAAAUGUGUUCGCAAUGCUUGUUGAGAUAACAGAACGUGCAAUGGCACAUUGUGACAAGAGAGAUGUACUUAUUGUUGGUGGUGUGGGUUGCAAUGAGCGCCUGCAAGAGAUGAUGAAAACCAUGUGUGCUGAACGGGGUGGAAGAUUGUUUGCAACUGAUGAUAGGUAUUGUAUUGAUAAUGGGGCAAUGAUUGCUUAUACUGGUCUUCUUGCUUUUGCUCAUGGAACAUCAACCCCGUUGGAGGAAUCGACUUUCACGCAACGGUUCCGGACUGAUGAAGUGGAAGCAAUCUGGAGAGUAAAAGAGGAGUCAGCAAAAGUUUCAGGGUAUGGGAAGUAGCUAAAUCUAGUUUUUAUGCGAAAAUCUAGUAGUUCUUGAGGUAUGCAGCCUCUGAUGUUAAAAACAUCAAUUUUAAAUUAAUUAGCUGAACUAUGGCAACGGUAUUAUGAUUUUUAAGAAAGGUGCUUGACUUUGUUACCGCAAGUACCUAACUCAAGUAAAUUGGUAUUCUAGUUAAAUUUAAAAAGUUUGGGACUUUUUCAUCGUUUUUGUAAGAUAUAUUUUCUAUUGAAAAUGGAUGCGUGGGUUACGCA